AUGGAAAGUGCUGGUCAGACCAGCCAUUUUUGGUGGGGAGUUUUUGGAAGCGAAAAGAGGGUUAUGGAGGUUUUUAUGAAUCCUAGUUUAUCAUCUUAUCUAUGGAUGGAACAAAAUAUCCUGCCGGCUGCCGAACAGCUUCCACACUCAGUCGACCUCCUCAAUCUUGGGCCCCGUACCCGACCCACCGCCACCAUCAUCCUUGUCCAUCCCUUCCCCACCACCACCACCACCACCACCCUGAUACAUCUUGGAUAUGAUCGGGUUACAUAUUCCCUCAAUCUCCUUCAGUUUAUCCUCCAGCUCGUCCACCUCCGCCAGCUGGUUCCGGUCCAGCCACUCCACCGUCUCCUCCACCGCCUUCUCUAUCUUCUCUUUAUCCCCUGCCCCCAGCUUCUCCCCAAACUUCUCAUCCCUCACCGUGUUCCUCAUAUUAUAUGCGUAGUUCUCGAGCGCGUUCUUCGCCUCAACCUUCUUCUUCGCCUCCUCGUCCUCCGCCUUAUACCUCUCCGCAUCCUUCACCAUCUUCUCUAUAUCCUCCUUGCUCAGCCUCCCUUUGUCGUUCGUGAUCGUUAUCUUAUUCUUCACGCCCGCCGUCUUAUCCUCCGCCAUCACAUUCAAUAUACCGUUCGCAUCGAUGUCGAACGUCACGUUGAUCUGCGGGACACCCCUGGGCGCCGGCGGGAUUCCGGACAGCUCAAAUUUCCCGAGGAGGUUAUUGUCCCUCGUCCUCGUCCUCUCCCCCUCAUAAACCUGGAUGAGUACACCCGGCUGGUUAUCCGAGUAGGUCGAGAAAAUCUGCUCCUUCUUAGUCGGGAUAGUCGUGUUCCUCGGGAUCAAAACAGUCAUGACACCCCCAGCCGUCUCCAAACCGAGAGAAAGAGGCGUGACGUCGAGCAACAGAAGCUCCUGAACUUUCUCGUCCCCUUCACCCGUCAGAAUGGCCGCCUGCACUGCGGCCCCGUAAGCGACGGCCUCGUCCGGGUUGAUGCUCUUGCAGAGCUCCUUCCCGUUGAAGAAGUCCUGCAGAAGCUGUUGGACUUUGGGUAUCCGGGUCGACCCGCCCACGAGAACCACCUCGUGGACGAGGGACUUGUCGAUCUUGGCGUCCCUCAAGCACUUCUCCACGGGCUCCAUGCACUUGAGGAAGAGGUCCAUGCAGAGCUCCUCGAACCUCGCGCGCGUGACCGUCGCGUAGAAGUCGAUCCCCUCGAACAACGACGCGCGGGCGCUGCCGCUGACGUCCUUCCUGUGCUUGCGGCGGAACUCGGACACGAAGUGGUUGACGAGGCGGUUGUCGAAGUCCUCCCCGCCGAGGUGGGUGUCCCCCGCGGUGGCCUUCACCUCGAAGAUCCCUUCCUCGAUCGUGAGGAUGGAGACGUCGAACGUGCCGCCGCCGAGGUCAAAGACGAGCACGUUGCGCUCGCCGCGGUGGGCGGCCGCGGCGCGCUUGUCGAGGCCGUAGGCGAUGGCGGCGGCGGUGGGCUCGUUGAUGAUGCGGAGGACGUUGAGGCCAGCGAUGGCGCCGGCGUCCUUGGUGGCCUGGCGCUGGGAGUCGUUGAAGUAGGCGGGGACGGUGACGACGGCGUCUUGGGUUGGGGUCCCGAGGAAGGACUCGGCGGACUCGCGCAUCUUGGUGAGGACCAUGGAGGAGAUUUCUUCCGCGGAGAACUGCUUGCGUUCGUUCUUGUAGGUGACGAGGAUGAGGGGCUUGUCGGAGGGGCCGGGGACGACGUAUUGCAGCAAGGCUUGAAGGUAGAAAUCAGAAAUGGCAGGUCAACCAAACUCAAAGAUUGGAACUGGGUAGUGAAUGGGCCAACUAAAAUCAAGCAGGGAGCUGUGAGAACAGAUGUCUGGGUGGCUGAUCUAAUGACAAAUGAAGGGAGGAAUUGGGAUGAGAGGUUGGUGAGGGGGUACUUUGAUGAAGCUGAAAGUAGACAAGUAUUGCAAAUCAACACCCUUAACCCAGAGGCUGAAGAUAAGUGGAGUGUGUUGAUGUUGUACCUGUUGGAUUUCAGCUCGUGUGGCUGCCUUCAGUGCAUUUGGUGUGUUGUUGUCUAG